UGUAAAAGUUAAUGAUUCAGUGCCAACAAGUGUAUAAAAAUGACUCCUGUACUUGUAGGUUUCAAAGUUUAAUCCAUAAAGUAAGACCUACUCAAUAUACAUAAUUCCAGCGAUUACGAUAUGGCAGUAACCAACCAGCCUGGUAGAUACGAGCCUUCUGACUUCCAGACUGGUCUGUGCAGUUUCUGCUCUGACUGCGGCACAUGCUGCUAUGGCUUCUGGUGCCUUCCCUGCAUGGGCUGUUCCAUUGCCAGUGACAUGGAUGAGUGCUGCCUGUGUGGUUUGAGCUUGCCCAUGCGGAGUGUUUAUAGGACCAAGUACAACAUCAAGGGAUCCCUGUGCAAGGACUUCCUUGUGCACUAUUGCUGUUUCAUCUGUUCUGUCUGCCAGCUGAAGAGAGACAUAGAGAAACGAAAGGAACAAGGCAUCUUCUAAAAGAAAGUGUUCAGAUCUCCUCCAAGACAAUCAAAACAAACACAAACCACCUCAGUGACUGAUAGCUCAGGUGCUAAAAUGGUAUCAUGCACCAGAACUAGACAGCCACUGUGCUACACACUUACUACAUACUAAGAGCACUGCCGUGUCAUUUGCUGUUUCAGUCAUGAUGCUUUACAUGUGUACAUUGAACAUAUUGGAAUAAAGUUUUUACAAGGAAGAAA